GCAGCUAUAAGAGAGAGACACAUCACACCAAGAACAUACCGUCGGGCACAACAUGGGGCUACACAGCGUCCAGGAAAUGGUGAGUGGUAAGAGGUCAGAGGUCAGCGAGGGCCGUUUCCACGAUGGCCAGUAUGAGUACAAAACGCCGGUCAGUGGGAAGGAGCGAGAUGAUGGAGGCGACCGCCGCUCACGCUGCCAGCUGUUGUCCGGCGACUCGUCGGAAGACGACAGCGGCGGCGAGCACGACGAGGUCAGCGCGGUGGCCCUCAACUUGGACAAGUGCGGACGUCUGCGUCUGGAGACGGUGGAUGACCUGUUCAACAUCCUUCAGCUGAGGAAGAAGAGGCGGCAGAGGAAGGCCUCCAUCUUCAGGAAGAAGUCGGCGCCGUCCACUGAAAUGCUGCCCGACACGGUGGAGGCGCCGCUCUUCUUCGCCGCUGCUGUGGAGAACAAGAUGGCUGUCGUGCACAAGUACCUGAACGAGGAAGGAAACCCCGACGCCGUCGACCAUUUCCAGAGGACCGCCCUUCACAUGGCCUCCUUCAAAGGUCACGUGGAGAUCAUGACUGCGCUGCUGGACGCCGGCGCCGCCAUCGAAAGGCAGGACAAACUGGAGUCGACGGCAGUCCACUGGGCCUGCAGAGGCGGAAGCCUUCCCGCCCUUCAACUCCUCCUGCAGCGCGGCGCCAAGAUCAGCGCCAGAGACAAGCUGCACAGUUGCCCUCUGCACGUGGCCGUUAGGACGGGACACGUCGAGUGUGCCGAGUACCUCAUCCACUGCGGCGCGGACAUCAACGCCAAAGACAGGGACGGUGACACUUGCAUGCACGACGCGGUGAGGAUCAACCGCUUCAAGAUGAUCAAGCUGCUCAUGAUGUACGGCGCCAGUCUCAACGUCAAGAACUGCGAUGGGAAGACGCCGAUGGAGACGCUGUACGCGUGGCAGAACGGCGCCAAGAGCCUCCUGUUCAACUUCAGCGAGGAGAGGGCGGAGCUUAACGAGAAGAUUAUGUGACACCGGUGAUGUGGGUCACAUGUUUUCGGGGUCUACUCCCUAUGGCUGAUUGUUGACGUUGCUACUUCGACGUCAACAUUGUGAAAAAGCGACGGCGCGACACGACGCUCAAAUGUUGCUGGACGACAUUUGGGAGUUUUUCUUCGCGUCGGCGACGCUUCCUCAAUUUUGUUUUUAUCCUUUUUUUCUUAUCUUCCUCUUGUCGAUGAUAGACGGCCGGUGACAGCUUGUACUCACUUUAUUGAUGUUUUCAUCAAAUUGGAACGACCCUGUGUCCCCUGAUGAUGACAUCACAGGCGGACAUCUUAGUUAGCGGCAUUAGCAUGUUUUCUUUCUCGUUUUUCUAUUAUUUAUCUGAUUACAAUGAUGGAUGGGAGACAGAUGAGAUGAUAAGGAUGUCGAGUACGUAGAAACAUUUUGGAAAUGUUUUUGAACAGGCAGGGAUUGGACAACGGGCGACUAUUUAUUUAUUUUCAAGUCAUUUGUCGAAGUAAAUAAGUGGUUUAUUUAUUUAAUAUAAUAAAGACGAUCAAAACUGUUUGCUUGCAUUCAGUUGAACACUUAGUUUUCUGAACUGAAAAUAAAACGACAUUGAAUUAUUAUUUUAUGAUUAAAAUAACCAAUUAGACAUAUUUUACUUUCUUGCCAAAAAAAAAAAAGAUGACUGUCACCUCAUUUGAAAUGUGGCAAAAAAGUAGCUCCUGCUGGGUACAUAUCUGCAAUCAUUGCUGACUUUAUUUAACAAUUUUAAAAUGACACAGAAUGUCAUUGUUCCCAAAUUUACUCUUCUUGAUGUUUUACAUCCGCAUUUCAAUAAAGACAGAAAAAUGGAAUCUAUGAAUAGGGGAGCUGGAUUG